AUGCGUAUCCUUCCCUGGCUCAUUGCGGCCGCGUCCUGUGUGUCCGCCAACGUCAACGACCCGGCCAAGGAUGCCACCCCCUACCAUGUCGAGUUCCCCCUCUUUCGCAGCGCGAAUAUGGCCUCCGCCGACAAGCUCUCCACUGGAGUUGGCUUCCAUUCGUUUCGCAUCCCCGCCGUGGUUCGCACGACCACUGGGAGAAUUCUUGCCUUCGCCGAGGGCCGUCGACACGACAACCGCGAUUUCGGAGACAUCAACCUCGUCUACAAACGCACCAAAACGACUUCGGAUAACGGGGCCACUCUAAGUGAUUGGGAAAGCUUACGGGAGGUCGUGGGCAGCGGUGAUGGAACAUGGGGCAAUCCUACCCCCGUGGUCGAUGAUGGCACCAUCUAUCUCUUCCUGUCAUGGAACAACGGUAGCUACAGCCAAAAGGGCGGCGACGAGCUUCCCGAUGGUACCAUCACCAAAAAAAUCGAUACCACCUGGUACGGUCGGCGACAUCUCUAUCUGACCACCAGCACCGACGAUGGCAACACCUGGUCUAAGCCGCAGGAUUUGACAAAGGAGUUGACGCCUGACGGAUGGUCCUGGGAUGCCGUCGGGCCCGGUAACGGCAUCAAGCUCUCCUCUGGGGAGCUGGUCGUGCCAGCCAUGGGUCGCAACAUCGUUGGGCGUGGUACGCCAGGCCAGCGUACCUGGUCAGUCCAGCGUCUGAACGGCGCCGGGGCGGAGGGCACAGUCUGCGAAACGCCCGACGGGAAGCUCUACCGCAAUGACCGCCCCAGCAAGGCGGGCUACCGCAUCGUCGCUCGAGGCACCCUGUCAGAUGGCUUCAGCGACUUCGCGAGCGACAGUGGUUUGCCAGAUCCGGCGUGUCAAGGCUCCGUGUUGAAGUAUAACACGGAUGCACCGCCACGAACAAUUUUCCUGAACUCGGCAUCCAGUGACAGUCGUCGUCAGAUGCGUGUCCGCAUCAGCUACGACGCGGAUGCAGCCAAGUACGACUAUGGUCGCAAACUCGCCGAUGCCCCGGUGUCGGGGGCUGGGUACGAGGGAGGGUACUCGAGUAUGACCAAGACGGCGGACUAUAAGAUCGGCGCCUUAGUGGAGAGUGACUUUUUUAACGAUGGUACGGGCGGAGGUUCAUAUCGCUCGAUUAUAUGGCGACGGUUCAAUCUGUCGUGGAUCCUUAAUGGUCCCAAUAACUAG